CUCCGAGGGUGCGCGAUGGCGCCCGGCGGGCACCGAGCUCCCCUCAGCGCUACCCUCCCCGCCGGGCAGGCUGGGUAGCGUGUCGUGGUUACCGUUACUAGGUUGGCGGCGGGAAGCGAUGGUGAAGGAAACCAUCCGGGUGUACGCGCGGCUGAAGCCCUUGGGGAGGCGGCAGCAAGCGGGGAUUUAUUCAGUUGAUGAUGAUGAGAAAUCUGUGUCCAGCCUGGAGAUUAUUGUGCCGCAUGAUUUAGCAGAUGGGUUCGUUAAUAAUAAACGGGAGAACUACAAGUUCAAAUUUGAGAAAAUUUUUGAUCAAGAUGCAAAACAAGAUGUGGUUUUUGACAGCAUUGCCAAACCAGUGGCAGAAUGUGCUUUGGCAGGAUAUAAUGGUACUAUCUUUGCCUAUGGUCAGACAGGCAGUGGCAAAACUUUUACGAUCACAGGAGGAGCUGAACGUUACAGCGAUCGCGGCAUCAUUCCUAGGACUCUGUCUUACAUUUUUGAUCAAUUGCAGAAGGAUAACAGCAAAAUGUAUACAACCCACGUUUCCUACUUAGAAAUCUACAAUGAAUGUGGUUAUGAUUUGUUGGACCCAAGACAUGAAGCUUCCAGAUUGGAAGAUUUGCCAAAAGUGACAAUAAUGGAAGACCCUGACCAGAACAUUCAUAUGAAAAACUUGUCUCUUCAGCAAGCAAACAAUGAAGAGGAAGCUUUAAACCUGCUCUUCUUGGGAGACACCAACAGAAUGAUUGCAGAGACACCAAUGAAUCAAACCUCAACUCGAUCUCACUGCAUUUUCACUAUUCACAUCUCCAGCAAGGAACCUGGAUCUGCAACCAUCCGACAUUCCAAGUUACACUUAGUAGACCUUGCUGGAUCAGAGCGUGUUGCAAAGACUGGAGUUGGAGGUCAUUUAUUGACAGAAGCCAAAUACAUCAACUUGUCGCUACAUUAUUUGGAACAGGUAAUAAUUGCCCUUGCAGAGAAAAAUCGGUCCCACAUUCCCUAUCGCAACUCUAUGAUGACCUCAGUGCUAAGAGACAGCCUGGGAGGAAACUGCAUGACUACCAUGAUAGCAACGCUUUCUUUAGACAAAAGAAACAUAGAUGAGUCUAUAUCAACCUGUAGAUUUGCACAGCGAGUUGCUCUUAUUAAGAAUGAAGCAGUUCUUAAUGAAGAAAUUGACCCUAGAUUGAUGGUUGUCCAACUGCAAAAGGAGAUCCAGGAGUUGAAAGAUGAGCUGGUACUGGUGACUGGCAAGCAUAGAACAUCACAGCUUUCACAAGAAGAGCUACUUCAGUUGGAUAAGUUAAUUGAAAUGUUUCUGGAAGAUAAUGAUCCUGAAAGCACUCUGGAUGUUGGUGCAGACAUGCGCAAGAUCAAGUACUGCUUCUCUCAUGUGAAGCAAUUAAUGAACCAUUCAAAGAUUUCUGAUAAAAAAAUGGUCUCACAACACACCUCUGAAGAAAAAGACACUAACAAAGAAGUGGGAAAAGAAGAGUUGAAAAAACUGAAAGAACUUCUGCAGCAAAGAGACAAUGAGAUCAAUAUUCUAGUAAAUAUGCUAAAAAAAGAAAAAACGAAAGCACAAGAUGCUCUUUUCCAGCUUAAUGCUGUCUCUGCUGGUUCUGCAGCCUUGGAGCGGUCUCUUUCUAUAAACUUGGAAGAAAAGUGGAGCCCAUCUAACUGUUUUAGACUGAAAGAGGCAAAAGAUCUCAGCUCUUCAGUUAACAGACUGCCUUUUCUUUCCAGACAGACAGGAGGAAAGAUGUCCCUUGGAUGUCAAGAGGCUUUUGAAGUUUUCAAGUGGGACCAUGCUGACAGUAUAACCAUUGAGGACAACAAACAGCUUCUAAAACAGAGGUUUGCUGAAGCUAAAUGCCUUGGAGAAAAAAUACAUGAAGUGAGAAAUAAAAUAAACCAUCUGAAAGGAGAGCUAACCCAGAGGCAUAUUCAAAGAGCUGUUCUAGCUGUGUCUAAUCCUUCUGAAGAGCUAAAUACGCUUGACCCAGUGGAAGAGAAACUUCGAACCCAAAUUGAGGAAGAGAAAAAAAGUUAUAAAACAAUGUACAAUCGCUUGAAAGGGCUGAAGGUAGAGAUUGAGCACCUACAGCUUCUCAUGGAAAAAGCAAAGGUGAAGCUGCAAAAAGACUUUGAAGUCUGGUGGUCUGAAGAGGUGGCAAAUCUACAGGUCUGUCAGGAAAAAACAGAGUUGGUCAGCUCACCAAAUAGCACAACAGUUUAUCCUCAGUUUAUCAAAUCUUCACAGUCUCUACCAACUAACAGCUUUUCAGAAACCACAAGAGUCAGCUUUAAUGAAGAGACAUCUGGGAAAAACAAUUCAAAUAAUUUUAAUAACUCAACUUCAAAAACAAGGACCUCACCAAGUUCAAAUACACCUAUUCCUCUAACUGGAGACAGCCAGACUGAUGCUGACAUCCUAGCUUUUAUUAAAGCAAGACAGAACAUCCUGCAAAAGAAAGGCUUGGGGAACAAAUGAAGUUCUUGUUGCAGUCCACAAUUUCCUUUCAGAAUCUGUUAAAGACCUUUAUUAUUUACCUUCCUCUUCUGUUUAGAAACAGGUACAAAUGACUACUUUGGAUGUACAGAUUUAACUGGUAAGAAAGUGAAUAGGAGUGACUUGUAUUUGACAGCGAAAUCCGUUUCUCAAAGGAAUGAUAUUAGAAAAUUUGCACUCAGUAUCUUCAGCUUGCAUUAAAAUUAAGCAAAACUAAAAAAACUGAUCAGGAGUUUGCUGAAUACGUUUAUUUAUUGGGAAUUUAUUAUCAGUUUUCUCAAUACUAAAAUUAUCUAAUGUGUUAAUGCUUUCUAAAAGUUAAAAUUAUCUAAUAAGAACAUUACAUCUUUAGUCUGGGGAACUUCUAUUGUUACUGAUGGAUUGGUAUUUUUCUCCUUUGUGUACUGGAAACUUGAGAAGAAAUUCAGGUGAAAUUGACCUGUUUUGUCUGUGGAUUUGCAUAAAGCUUUGUUACUUACAUCUAGUUGGCAUCUAGAGAUGUCUGCAAAAAUAGUAAUUACAAAAUCAUACAAAAUUCCUUUGGGACCCUUUUCUGCUUUUUAUUUUUUCCCCAAUAAAUAAUAAUUUUCAUAUCUGAUUAUUAAAAUACUGACAUUAAAAUACUGAUAUUGUACUUUAAUAUGAAAAUUCAUUUUUAUUGGAAAUAAAUUCUACAUUUUAAAUUUUCCAAAAUGUUUUUCUUCCAUUUGAAUACACUAAAUGUUAUUCAAAAUAUAAACCUUCCUAAAAUAUCCAGAUUUCAGACUAAACAGUGACACUUGAUGGGCUUAUAGCAAAAAUGAAUAUAAUGAAAUGAAUAUACAAAUAAUUGUACAUAAUAAAUUGUACAAAUAAAUAAUUGUACAAAUAAAACAUAACGAGAUGAGAUGUGAAAGUCUAAGUUCAUUUAUAUAUUGUAUACAACAUAACUUCACUAUUGACUCAAUAUUACUUUAUUGCAUAAUACUUGGUUACGCAAUAACUUACUUUACUCUUCAGGCCAAAACAAGUCCAAAAAUGCAAUGCAAAACAGAGUCAAUUCUUCUGAGAUAUACAUACUUUCAGAUUGAAACUGCUGUUUUUCAUGCUAUCAAUAAGCUUACAGUCACCCAUUUGGAAGGGGUUACGUUGGUCAUAUAAAAACACAAGAGUAUACUGGCAGAAGUCUCAUAUCAAUCUCAAAGAUGUAUGUCCUUAAGUUGCUGACACUGAAUUCGGUGGCAAAUUCAUAGUUAUUAAGAAGUACAUCAUGAAUUGAUGUGUUCAAACCCACAGAAGAUAUCCAUCAAAUUAACAACUAAGAUGAAAUCAAUAAAGAAAUAUUGAAGUUAUACUUUUUUCUGCAUUUCAAUUUUCUGUAAAAAUAAGCACUGCUUCCACAUAAAUUGGUAAACUUUAUGCAGCCUGUAGGAUGUACAAGGUGAGAUGAAAGUCAGAUCUACUGUUGCUUUGAGAAAAGAAGAGAGAGUUGAGGAUUUGAUCUCCCCCUUUCAUAUGUCUGCUUUGCUGGAGGUUUUAUUAUACUGCCCAAAUUCUGCUAGGAAGUUUGUCUUUAUUUUUCUUCUUCAGAGGUCAUUCUAUUAUAGAUACACAUUCCAUUAUAUAUAUACUGAAUUCAUUUUUAUAUCG